AUGAGGAAAGAAUGUGCGGCCCCGGCGAGGGAUCAUGCGAAAUGGGUUCCUGCUGCUCAGAAAUGGGGUUUUGCGGCACCACAGCCGCGUAUUGCUCAGGCUCGCAGUGUCAAUUGGACUACAGUCAUACUUGCGACACGCUGGCCUAUGAUCACGUCGUGCAAGCAGCCGGGGAUGGUGGCCUUGACCUUUGACGACGGCCCAUACAUCUAUACGGAGAAGAUUUUGAGUCUUCUCAGUCAGCUCAAGGUCAGGGCCACGUUCUUCAUCACGGGAGACAACCGGGCCAAGGGGCAUAUCGAUGACCCGGCGACCGAAUGGCCUGCUAUCUUGCGCCGCAUGUACCGCGCCGGCCACCAGAUUGCUAGUCACACGUGGACACAUCGUGAUUUGAACAAGGUCAACGAGACUGUCCGGCGAGCAGAGAUUAUCCACAACGAAAUGGCCAUCCGCAACGUGCUUGGCUGGAUGCCUACCUAUAUCAGGCCUCCAUUCCUAGAAUGCUCUGCCGGAUCGCAAUGCGAAGAUACCAUGAGUGACUUGGUAUACCACUCCAUUUCAGCCAACUUGGACACCAAAGACUACAUGUAUGACGAUCCGGCUCUCAUACAGAGGGCAAAGGACCGCUACUCCAGCACGCUGUCCCGGAACUCGAAGGAGAACUCGUAUAUUGUGCUGGCCCAUGAUGUCCAUGAGCAGACGGUGUUCAAUCUGACCGAAUUCAUGGUAAACCUUGCAAAAGAAAGAGGCUACAAGCUCGUAACGGUGGGCGAAUGCCUGGGGGACCCCGAAGAGAACUGGUACCGUCCGGCAGGGGGCUCUUCGAAGAUUGCCAGGACCGUUGGGAAGGGACUCUCUUGCUCCGAGCCAGACAGACCGUACGUCGCACCUGUUCCAUCUUCCCGGAAUACAGGCACCAAAAUAUCGCCCAACCAACGUUGCGGUGGAAGUACGGGAUAUGUCUGUCCAGGAUCUGGCUUUGGGCCCCUCCAAAGGCACACCAGUCGCCGGCGAGACUCCGUUGCUUGGACUAACCUUGUGAUACCAGUGGAUCAACUCCCGAGUUCUGUGGUACGGGAUGCGACAACGACUUUGGAGACUGCAACCCAUCUCCGCCAGGUAUUUGGGAUACCACGAAUGGCCUUUGUGGCGCUCGCUCCUCUGCAACGUGCCUCAACUUUCCAGGGAAGAGGUGUUGCUCGAGAUACGGAUAUUGCUUCCUUUGACACGCUGUUCUGA